GACUUGCAACAGUUCCUUUAAUGACCGUUUGGAAGCUACAACAGCACGGGAAAAAACCAGUAUUGUACUAUUCCAUCAUGAUUGUUUUGCCACCUGGGUUGACAGAAGAUGAAGAAGCCCUGCAGAAGAAAUUUGCCAAACUCAAGAAAAAGAAAAAGGCCCUCAUGGCCUUAAAAAAGCAACAGGGUUCAACCAGUCAGGCUAUCCAGGGAGGAAUUAAACGAUCCAUCUCAGAUCAGCCAGUAGUCGACACCGCAACAGCCACAGAACAAGCCAAGAUGCUGGUGAAAACGGGGGCCAUCAGUGCUAUCAAAGUUGAGAACAAGAACUCGGGAUUCAAACGCUCUUGGACUCGGAAGGUGAAACCGAAA